AUCGUCAUCACACCCCACCCCCCCUUAACCUCCUUCCCUCAAUUUCCACCAUUUUUUUCUCCCAAAUCUUCCUUGUUCCCUGCAAAAUCUCAGCAAAACUCAAUUUUGGAAGAUGAGUAUUUCAAGAAACUCAGGUGGGGUUGGAGGGGUAGUGAGUGGUGUUGAUAUGCUGAGUGAAAGAGCAAGAAUGAUGAGAGAUUCAUUGCAGAAGAGUCAGUCUAUUACUGACAAUGUUGUGAACAUUUUGGGUUCCUUUGAUCAUCGUCUUUCUGCUCUUGAAACUGCUAUGCGUCCUACCCAGAUAAGGACUCAUGCUAUUAGGACGGUUCAUGGAAACAUUGACAAGGCUUUAAAGGCUGCUGAGGUUAUACUGUCCCAAUUUGAUAUUUCUCGUCAGGCAGAAAUUAAAAUACUUAAAGGGCCACAUGAGGACCUGGAAAGUUAUCUUCAAGCAAUUGACCAGCUGAGAGACAAUAUUCGCUUCUUCAGCAACAACAAAAGCUUCAAAAGUAGUGAUGGAGUGCUCAAUCAUGCUAAAAGUUUGCUGACCAAGGCUAUUUCAAAGCUUGAAGAGGAGUUUAAGCAGCUCUUGUUAUCUUAUAGUAAACCCAUUGAACCUGACCGGCUGUUUGAGUGUCUGCCAAAUUCAAUGCGACCACCAUCAUCACCUGGACACCAGGACUCUAGUGGUAAGAGUCAUCUGUCCAAUAGUAAUGCUGAGCAAAAUGGUGCAGAAAACGCUGUCUUCACACCGCCAACCCUUAUACCUCCAAGGAUCCUGCCUUUACUACAUGAUUUAGCCCAACAGAUGGUUCAAGCUGGCCACCAACAACAAUUUGUAAAAAUAUACAGGGAUACACGUUCUCCCGUACUGGAAGAAAGUCUUCGCAAUUUAGGAGUGGAAAAACUUAGCAAAGAUGAUGUUCAGAAGAUGCAAUGGGAAGUUCUGGAAGCUAAAAUUGGAAAUUGGAUUCAUUUUAUGCGAAUUGCUGUCAAAUUGUUAUUUGCUGGUGAACGUAAGGUGUGUGAUCAAAUUCUUGAAGGAUUUGAUUCACUCAAUGACCAAUGUUUUGCUGAAGUAACUACUGCAAGUGUUGCUGUGUUGCUUAGUUUUGGUGAUGCAAUUGCAAAGAGCAAAAGAUCACCUGAGAAGUUAUUUGUGCUUCUAGAUAUGUAUGAAAUAAUGCGGGAACUUCAUUCAGAGAUUGAAUCACUUUUCAUAGGUAAAGCUUGCAAUGAAAUUAGGGAAUCUGCCUUUGGUUUGACAAAGCAACUUGCCCAGACAGCCCAAGAAACCUUUGGUGAUUUUGAAGAAGCAGUUGAAAAAGAUGCAACCAAAACUGCCGUCUCAGAUGGAACUGUCCAUCCCUUGACCAGCUAUGUGAUUAAUUAUGUGAAGUUCCUGUUUGACUAUCAAUCAACAUUGAAACAACUAUUCCAAGAAUUUGAAAAUGGAGGAGAUUCGAAUUCUCAGCUAGCUGCUGUUACAAUGCGUAUAAUGCAGGCUCUUCAAACCAAUUUGGAUGGAAAAUCUAAGCAGUAUAAGGAUUCUGCUCUGACUCACUUGUUCCUUAUGAACAAUAUUCACUAUAUGGUCAGAUCUGUCCGCAGGUCUGAAGCCAAAGACUUAUUAGGGGAUGACUGGGUGCAAAGACACCGGAGAGUUGUACAGCAACAUGCAAAUCAAUAUAAAAGAAUUGCUUGGGCGAAGAUCCUUCAAUGUCUAUCGAUUCAAGGGCUAACAUCAUCUGGAGGCAGUAGUUCUAGUGGUGUAGAUGGACAAAAUAGCAGUGGAGUUUCAAGAUCCACUGUAAAAGAAAGGUUCAAGAUGUUCAAUGCGCAGUUUGAAGAGCUUCAUCAAAGGCAAUCUCAAUGGGCUGUUCCAGAUACUGAGUUGAGAGAGUCAUUGAGGCUUGCGGUUGCUGAAGUUUUGCUGCCUGCAUACAGAUCUUUCAUUAAACGCUUUGGGCCUUUGGUUGAGAGUGGUAAAAACGCCCAAAAGUACAUCAGAUAUUCAGCUGAAGAUCUUGACCGUAUGCUGGGUGAAUUCUUCGAGGGUAAGACGUUUAAUGAACCCAAACGGUAAACCACAGCUAUGCUCGAUGCACUAUCCUCUCCUCUGCCGUUGC